AUGUCAAUGGAAGCCUUUCUGAUCAAAGCGCAUGAGUUGAAGAUCGGGGAAUUCUCAGUGGAACGCGCGGUGCCUGGAAGCAACUACCCACUUCCGGCUGGGGGCCAGAUGUUAAUAGAGGUAAUUCCUGCCGUCAUACUCGCGUGCGAGUCCGCGGAUCCAGGAAAAUCUACUGCAAUUACAGGGGGCAUCUAUAGCCCAGUCUCGAGAGCAGCCAUUCUUGUUUGCGCAAGCGCGCGACUCUUCCAUAGGCAUAGAUGGCACAUACCGAUUGAUAGCUUACAUGCACCGGAAGACCUGCGAUGA